CAGCUGAUAAGAGUGAGAGAAAUGGAUCAUUCCCUCAAAUCCUCCCCUUGGGAAGCCUUGACACAAAACACUCCUGUUGCUGUAUGUUUGUUAAAGCUGGAGGAAUUCAAAAAGGCCCCGCAGAUGUGUUUUAAAUCACUAAAAUAGAUAAAAGUUUCUCAAACAUUUUUGUGCUGCUAGAUCAGGCAGAGAGAAAACAUCUCUUAUCUGCAUUAAGGAUCAUGCAUCAAAUACUGUUAAAAUUGAACUUGCACAUCAUGACAAUAUGUUGAAAAGUUUUUCCAAGGCAUCCUUUCCUUGAGAUCUGGUGUGAUUUGUUAAUGGUGUUAAAGUGUUUUCAUACGGCACAUAGCUGCAAAACUACAUUUUCCCUCAGAGGGCUUUACGGUCUGUACAACACCUUGAUUAGGAUAAGAAAAAACCUAACAUACCAAAAUCCUUUAAGAUAACAAACGGGAGACACCUCAGGGGGAGCAACUGAGGAGGGAUUCCUCUUCCAGGAUGGACAGACAUGCAAUAAGUGUCAUAUAGAAUAGGCAGAAGUAGCAGAAAUAAAAUUACAAUAGGCAAUCAGUCAAUUUAAGUCAUAUCCCCAUCAAGUGUAUUUGAGAUUUCACUGAGAGGUGUUCAGGGAAACAACGUUGUUUUAGAGCAGGAUAAUGCUUCUUCUCAGUUAAAAAACAUAUUUAAAAACUGUUUUAUUUCACAUCUUAAACCAUGUGUCUCAAAUAGGACAAUGAUACAAUAUUAUGGUAUGACACAAUUUAAUAUAAGAUAAUUGUAAACCAACUAUCGAGUACCAAAGACAGACGCGUCCUUACACAGAAACUUUUUUUUUGUCCGGGGAAAUUUGCAGCAGCCCAGCGCACAUCCCUCACCUGCCUCAGCUACUCUCCUCCGACUCUGCUGCACACAUCCUGUCUGAGAGGGAGAGGCAAAGGAGGAAGAGAAUCAACCUAAGAGGCUUGGGGAUCAAGUUCACGCAACUUUUACGCACACGAUUUUAAAGGUUCUAUCUUUUUUUCGGCUCGAUUUUUUCCCCCCAUGAUGAUGUUUUUUGCGAAAAUAAACCAAAGAUUAUUAUGUGGCUUGCGGGAGCUGAAGUGAAGGUCCGCCUGAAGGGGGAAUUCUUCAACGUUAUUCUUCCGUGGAUAUUUGCUGGCACCUUAAUUUAACAAAAAAAACCUACGAGUAUAGUUUAAAAAGAUAUUAAACGUAGCGUCAUUUGCGGCGUUUUGGCCAUAUAGAGACGUCAAUCCAGUGCCAAGUUGCUCAACAGGAGAAAGACGUUCUCCAAGCGCUGGAUUUAUGUAAACUAAAACAAGAAGUCACAACGACUAUAAUCAGGAUUGUGAUCGUGAUGUAUAUGUGAAGGUUUCCCCGAUCCGAAUUGAUUCCGUUCGGACAAGGGGAGACUUUAAUGGAUUUUUUAUGUGGGACCCGCUAGGAUGGACGUGGUAGAUGAAACAGAAGCUUUACAGAGAUUUUUUGAAGGUCAUGAUAUUACCAGUUCUCUGGAGCCAGCCAACAUCGACACCAGUAUCCUGGAAGAGUACAUCAGCAAGGAGGACGAUAGCACUGACAUCUGUUUCUCAGAGGUCCACAGCACCCCAGGACCAAAUUACUCAUCUCCCCAGGCAGGAGUGUCCUCCUCUGGGGGGUUGGUGUGUGGUGUGAGCCCCCCUAUUCCACUAAGGCAAGGAGCCCCUCCGCCUGGGCCCCCUAACUGUCAGAACGCCUACCCUCCAGGUCCAUCUCUGGGCCUCCGACACAGCUACCCCUGCCUUGGACAGCAGCAGCACCAACCACACCAACAACACCAGCAGGCUCACGUCAAACCUGAGCACAGGGGGCACUACGCUCCAGGGACACUACCUGAGUCUCCUCCAGACUCCAGCUCAGAGCCAUACUCUCCUCAGCAGGUGAAUGAUCCUCACAUGAUCAGGACCAUGACACCAGAGAACAUGUGUCACAUGACUCCGACGCCACCCCUCCCACACGGACACUAUUCCAGCAUGCAUCGGGACAUGUACCUGAAGCCUGAGCCCAUGAUAUCACAGUACCCUAUUGGUCCAGCCACGAGUGGAAGUGGAGACAUGCAGCAGACACAGAUGCUCCAUCAGCUGCUGCAGCAUCCUCAGGGGCAGGAUGGGAUCCCUGUUCACCAGGCUAAGAAGAGGAAGCACUCAGACUCUCCCAACAGCACCCUCAAUUCCCAAAUCCUCACAGGUAUCAUCAAACAAGAACCAGGUUUAAUGCAGGAUGCAGACAACGCCUACUUGGACCCAAACUAUCAGUGCAUUAAGUGGCAACCUCACCAGCAGAACAAGUGGACACCACUUUAUGAUGCAAACUGCAAAGAGCUUCCGAUGCCAACCUACCGUGUUGAUGCUGACAAGGGCUUCAACUUCUCCCUGGCUGAUGAUGCUUUUGUUUGCCAGAAGAAGAACCAUUUCCAGGUCACAGUGUACAUUGGCAUGCUGGGCGAUCCCAAGUACAUCAAGACAAGUGACGGCCUGCAGCCCAUCGACUGCUUCUAUCUCAAACUCAAUGGAGUAAAAGUGGAGGCUAUGAACCAGUCCAUCAGCGUGGAGCAGUCACAGUCUGACCGCAGCAAGAGACCCUUCAAGCCAGUGCUGGUCACCUUGCCCCCGGAGCAGGUCACAAAGGUCACAGUGGGGCGGCUCCACUUCAGCGAGACCACGGCAAAUAACAUGAGGAAGAAGGGCAAACCAAACCCGGACCAGAGGUAUUUCAUGCUGGUGGUGGCGCUGCAUGCUCAGUCCCACAGUCAGAGCUACACUGUGGCUGCUCACGUGUCUGAGAGGAUCAUCGUCAGGGUAACGUCUGGCCAUGCGUCCAACCCGGGCCAGUUUGAAAGUGACAACGAGGUGCUGUGGCAGCGUGGCCAAAUGCCUGACUCAGUCUACCACCACGGGAGAGUCGGCAUCAACACUGACCGGCCGGACGAAGCCCUCGUCGUCCAUGGCAACGUGAAGGUCAUGGGUUCCCUGGUACACCCGUCUGACAUCAGGGCCAAAGAGAAUGUCCAGGAGGUGGACACCACAGACAAUUUGAAACGGAUUUCUCAGAUGAGGCUGGUCCAUUAUCAAUACAAGCCCGAGUUUGCUGCCACCGUGGGCAUAGAGAACACUGCGGAGACUGGAGUGAUUGCUCAAGAGGUCCAACAAAUCUUGCCUGAAGCAGUAAAGGAGGGGGGUGAUGUGGUGUGCGCCAAUGGAGAGACCAUUCCCAACCUGUUAGUCGUCAACAAGGAACGUAUCUUCAUGGAGAACGUGGGAGCAGUGAAGGAGCUGUGCAAGCUGACAGACAACCUAGAGACUCGUAUAGAUGAACUAGAGCGCUGGAGCCGCAAACUGGCCAAACUCCGACGUCUUGACAGCAUGAAGAGCACCGUGAGUGGAGGCACUGUCAGCCAAUCAGGGAGUUAUUUUAGCAGGACAGGGAGCGGCCCACUCAAGAAGAAGACAGUCAAAUCUGGGAGCAAGAAUUCCCCUCCAGAUCAAGGCUGCAUCAGUCAGAGGUUCAUGCAAGGCACCAUCCUGGCACUUGUCAUCGUCAUGGCUUUCAGUGUCAUUUCCAUGUCCGUCCUUUAUGUACUGACUCUUCACCACAGAGGAGGCGCCACAGAGAAAGAUGGGUCCAGAGCUGCACUUGGAUCCUCACGCAAGAGUCCAUAUACUCCACUGCCCACCACCCCUGCACCAGCUUGUUGUUCAACCACAGUCACAAACAACCAAUCAGCUACAGUUCUGACAUUAAGCAACAACCAAUCCACACCAGAUCUUAGCAGCCUGGUUCCCACACCAGGCACUAUUAAUAAGAAGGCCAAGUCCAGGCUAAUAGACAAGGAUGGCCGCAAUAGAAACCGUCUUAGUCACACCUCAGCGCCAUUGUACUUUGCCAAGUCCAAAAGGCCUGCGCCUACAGAUCUGGACGGAGUGGGAGCUACCAACCGUCUGCCUGGGGGUCAGCAGCCAGUGCCACGCAGACAGCGCAGCCUACACACAAAGGGAGGAAGGUCAGCUCCCUCUCUGGCUAGUCUACAUAUUGUGGAGACAAACCAAGAAAUCACAGCACAAAGCUGCACAACACCCGAAAGCUGCAGCUACACAAUAUCCCUCCAUGGAAAGAGAAAUUCCUCCAUCUCACAAAUCACUUUGCACAUGACGUCCACAAACAGCGUGUUUGUACGACAAUGUGGAGCCACCAAGGGACGUUUGUGCCCCGACCACACAGAGACAGAGCUCUAUAACGAACAAAGUACAUCAACAAAGGGGACUUAUCACCUGUGGUCAGUGCCUGUGCUGUCUUUCCAGGACGUCACGUAUCAUUUCCGUGUCUCCCUGUCUAGUGAAGUGAGUUGCGCCACUGAGGGAGAGACCUCAUCAUAUUCAGACUACCAUUUUCUCAUUGAAAGCAGCUGCGUGUGAGCGGGAAGAUGAUGCAUCCCCAGUGCCUUUACAAUACACCACGUUUCUCUUUUGUGGUUCCAUUUGUGAUGAGAUACGGUUUUGUCUCAUUAUUGUACAUUAUUUUUAAAGCGAUUCAUACAGAACAAACUAUAUACCACUGUCCCCAUUGUAAUCCUCCUCAUAUGCAUUAAGACAUCUCUUCUUGCUGUGAUCACUGGAGUUUAAAACACUGUUUAAGUUUUUUUUUUUUAUUUCUGUCACUGAAAAUGUCAGUUUUAGAUCACUGUAAUUUGUUAACUGCUAUUGUGAAAGUAACGUCCAUGAGUUUAUAGCUUAUAUUACUGAUCACUGUGUCUUCCAUACUUAAGCCAUAAUUUUUUAUUUUAGCAGAAUUCAAGUUUCUAAAUGAAGUCCAGGCUAAGAUACUGUAGAUGACACUGCAUACAGUUUUGUUUAGUUUUGUAUAUAUACUGAAUCCAGUGUCCACUGAAAACAAAAACACUUUUUAUACACUGGAGAGAUCAUUGGAUUCUGCUAUAGGCCUCUGUGAAUGGUUGCAUACUCGCAUUCAGAAUAUACCUCAGUAGUCCACACUGGCAAACCCUGCGCCUCCACAGUAACGCAUUGUGUUUGAGGCUGAACAAAAACACUGUACAGAGAAGGAAAUAUUGUGCAUUUGUAUCUCAGUUGUUUCAUCCAAUGAAACAUCAAAUUGUUACACAAGACAAGUUAUGCAUAUGCAGACUAUUGCACAGAUUAUCAUCUUUAAGGAGUGAUAAUGAGGAUUUCUGUGGAGUAGUUUGCAGCGAUACAUUUGAAGACCCCUGAGUCAUACUAAUAUCGGCGGAUUCACUGGAUGACAUGCGAUAAAACUGGAUAAGGAAACUAAUCACUGGAAAUGAACGUGUAGAAACACUGACAGCUCUAAGCAUCUGAUAGUGGAUUUGUAAUACGUCCAACACUGACAAUAUUUCAAGAAACACUGGAAUAGCUUACACUGUAUUUUGCUAACUGGACAGAAUGCUGGUAUGGCAAAAAAUGGCAUAUCAUUUAAGGUGCAUGCCCAAUCAUUUCUCUAAAAAUGAUACAUCUCAGCUCGGAGGCAACUUGAAUGCUUCUUUGGAAACUUCAUUUUUAAUGGCUUGAUCAUGAGGCUGAGAUGGAGUUGCAUUUAUUUACAUACACGCCAGAGAAAACAAAAUGCAUAACAUACACUGGACACUCACAUAUUUCUCUGGAUGUUUUGAAUAUUUUCCCUGUGUCUAUACAGUUAAGAAUCUGCAGAGUGUUAACACCUUUAAUAUGUCUGAAUUGUAUAAUGUUUUCUUUUUCUGUUAUCUUCUCUUGUUUUAAAGGCUUAACUUCAAACACCAUACAUAAAAUUCGUUUUGAAUUCCACAAAUUAGUGUAUCUCAAAUUUAAAAUCAAUAUCAAAUAGGAAAAACAGCCAUCAGACAAAAGCUUAUGGAUUUAUCAUAAUAUGACACUGUACAAUGCUUUUAGUAUAAUUAUUAUGACUUCAGUGGGUAGUGUACUAUUUUAGCUUAUUUAUAAUGCACCAGCUAGCAUAAUGAAACCACUGUAGCACUUUUUUGCACUGUAUAUAUGAACUGCUUUUGCUCUGUCCAGUGCACCCAACUGGUUUCAAAUACUCUGGUAGAAUUGCAUUACAUGUAACUGUAUAGCUUAAUUUUGUUAAAACCAAUGCUCAUUUUUAUCUGAUGUGUUUUAUCGUAUUUUUAUAGUUCAUAUUGUUUUUUGUUGUUGUUGUAUUAUCAAUAAUAUAUUAACUUUUAGCUAUUGGAGCCCAGAAAUGAUUGAUAAGCAUGAAAACACACAGACACAAGAGACACAUACAUUUCUAAUUUUACCACUAUUUGUUAAGUAAAAAUGCCAUAACACUAAAACUUGUUGAGUACUUUAAUAUCACUACUUUUACUUUUUAGCCCAUUUUGUCAUUACAUUUCGAAGCCUUUUGUCAAGAAUAUGCUGUAAUACUAUGAAUGCAUACAGUAAAUAAAUUUGUGAUUGAA